AUGAAAUAUCUUCUUUACAUAUUACUUUUCUUCGGCAGUAAAUUUUUGGAAUCAAUACAAGGUCAAUGUUCUGGUGGUAUAUGGCCUAUACAAGACACAACUAUUGGUUCAUUUACUGUUUCAUGGCGAUACAAUAUGGCUUCAAAUACAGUUCAAUUUAUUAUUCAAGGACAAGCAACUGCUAGUGUUAAUCUUGCAUCGACUUAUAUUGCAAUUGGAUGGUCUGAUACAGCACCAACUAUGAAUAACAUGGAUGUGGCAAUGUUCUUUCCUGGAACUCAAAUAGUACAAGAUCGAUAUUCUCAAGGACAUGUUGUACCCUUAAUUGAUACUCAACAAGAUUUUUGUGUUAUUCGAACAAAUAUUACUGAUAAUAAAAAUAUUUAUGUUGCAUUUGAAAGAUUUCUUACAACAGGAGAUGUACAUGAUAUUACUUUUACUCCAAAUCUCUAUCUUAUGUUUUCAAUGGGUCCAUAUGUAUUAUCAAACGGUACAAAUACUUUCAUUCCUCAAUAUCAUUUUUUUCGUAUUCCACUACGAACUAGUCUAAGUCUUAUGAAUUGUGUUUCAAAUAAUUGUUUCACAACAAGUUGUACAAUACCGUCAUGUCCAUGUUUACAACAGAUUAUAUCAGACUUAGCACAAUGUAUUUGUUUUCCACCAUCGUCAUGUAUAUCAGGUUCAACAAUUACACCAAAACCAACAACAUCUACUUUAGCAACAACUUCGUUAACUUUACCGUUAUCUGGCAUUUUAAAUGGUUCGUGUCAAAAUCAAGCAAAUCUAUGUUCAGUCAAUGGAAUAUGUCUUCAAACAUCAACAACGCAAUACAUAUGUCAAUGUAAAAAUAAUUAUACAGGUGUACUUUGUCAAAUACCAUUAUUUUCAAAUAAUAGCACGAAUACGAAUUCAUGCCAAUGUGUUAAUGGAGGAAUUUGUUUAACGAACGGAACUUGUUUAUGCACAAAUCUUUAUCGAGGAAAAUUUUGUCAAUUAAAUAAUCCUUGUAUUGAUUAUUGUCAAAACAAUAAUACUUGUUCAGUUAUUUGUACAGAUACAUCAUGUAGUUUACCAUAUUGUACCUGUAAAAAUAGUUAUACUGGUAUACGAUGUGAGACAAUUGUAGGUGGUUUAUGUCAAUCGAAUUCUUGUAUUUAUGGAAAUUGUGUAAUAUUGACAAAUGGAAGUUUUCAAUGUCAAUGUAAUUUUGGUUUUUUUGGUAGUCGAUGUGAAUUUAUCAAUAGUUGUUUAUCAAAUCCAUGUAAUCAAGGUGCUUGUAUCGUAUCAUUAAACUGUUUAGGUUUACUUUGUAGUUAUUCAUGUCUUUGUCCAAAUGGAACAACAGGUCAAAAUUGUGAAAUUGGUGGAAAUCCAUGUUUAAGUACACCAUGUAAAAAUAAUGGUAAUUGUUCAGCAUUGUCAAAUUCUUAUUCAUGUCGAUGCUUAUUACCAUAUGGUGGUACUAAUUGUGAAUUAAUGAUAAAUGUUUGCACACCAAAUCCCUGUUUGAAUAAUGGUAUAUGUGUUCGAAGUUCAAAUAUAAAAGAUGGAACAUAUCAAUGUAAUUGUCAAAAUGGUUAUGUUGGUACAAGAUGUGAAUAUGUAAGCGGUUGCAUUUCUUCGCCAUGCCAAAAUGCUGGUCAAUGUGUUUCAUCAACAACUAAUUGUUCUUCAACAACAUGUUCUAUUAGUUGUAUAUGUUUAAGUGGUACAACUGGUGUUUUUUGUGAACAACAGGAUACGUCAUGUUUAAUAUUUCCUUGUCUCAAUGGCGGCACAUGUUUAAAAAAUCCAAUAACUAAUAUUUAUUAUUGUCAAUGCCGAUCUAAUACAAUUGGUGCUCGAUGUGAAACAAUUCAAUCAAUAUGUACAAACACAGCUUGUUUAAAUAAUGGUGUUUGUUAUAUAGAUGCAACAUCUGGUAGUAAUACAUUAGGUUGUGUAUGUCGUCCAGGUUCUACUGGUCGAUAUUGUCAAACAUAUAUAAAUUCUUGUUCACAAAGUCCUUGUGGAUAUAAUGGUACUUGUUUUCCUACAUCGAAUUCAUCUUAUUAUUGUAUUUGUCCAAAUGGUUUACUUGAUACAUUAAUGUCAUGUUCAGAUUCACCUUGUCAUUAUUUAUCAACAUGUCAACAAAUAUCAAAUACAAAUUCCAUAAAUUAUAAAUGUAUUUGUCCUGAUUAUUUAACUGGUGAUCGAUGUCAAUAUACAAAUAAUUGCCAAAAAAAACCAUGUUAUAAUCAAGGUAGUUGUAUAUCACUUGGUUCACAAAAUAAUUUUAUGUGUCUAUGUCAACCGGGAUAUGGACAUUAUGAUUGUUCAAUAUAUUUGGGUUUAUCAUGUAAUUCAAAUGUAUGUUUAAAUGGUGGUACAUGUGAUUAUAAUAAUACAAAUAUUCGAUGCAUUUGUCCGACGGGUUUUGCUGGCACACGAUGUGAAUGGAAUUCGGUUUGUUCGACAAAUACAUGUUUAAAUGGCGGAACAUGUAGACAAAUAGCUGCAACAAUGGCUGAAUGUUUAUGUGCAGUUGGUUUUACUGGUCCAACAUGUAAUUUACGUGAUUCUUGUGCCAAUUUUCCAUGUAAAAAUGGGGCUGGUUGUAAAACAUUACUUACUGAUGCAGGUACUAAUUGGUCAGUGUAUCUUUGUGUUUGUCCACCAGGUUUUUAUGGACAAAAUUGUGAUACAGCUAUUGGUUCAUGUGCAAAUGUGCUUUGUCCUUCAUAUAAAAUUUGCAAUGAACAAUCAACAGGACCUGUAUGUACAUGUCCAGGAAAUCAAGUUGGUACAUUUUGUCAAUAUGAAAACCCUUGUACUGUAUCAUCAUCAUCUUAUUGUUUUAAUGGUGGUACAUGUGUUUCAUCAAAUACAGAUCCACCAAUAGCUGUAUGUUUGUGUCGUGAAGGUUUUAUAGGUUCAUAUUGUAAUAUGACAAGACAAAAUGAGCUAUGUGCAAGUAAUCCAUGUCAAACACAUGGCUAUUGUGCAUUAUCAACAUCAAAUACAUCGUAUUCAUGCAUUUGUCAAUCUAAUUAUGUUGGUGAUCAAUGUGAAAGAGCUAAUCCAUGUUUAUCAUCUCCAUGUUUAAAUCAAGGUAUCUGUCAAGGUUACUGGAAUACAACAAGUGCUUGGUUUAUUUGUCUUUGUGUUGGACCAUUUACGGGAAUAAAAUGUGAAACAUCAUUACUUAAUCCAUGUGGCGGAUUAUGUAUGAAUAGAAGUCCAUGUGUGAACGGAGUAUGUGUUUGUUCAGCUCAAUAUACUGGAACGUUUUGUGGAUUUGACAAUCCAUGUUAUAAUCAAAUAUGUCGAAAUAAUGGUUUUUGUUCAACUAAUUUUAAUUCAACAAGCGUUUCAUUUACAUGUACUUGUCGAAGUUAUUUUACUGGUCAAUAUUGUGAAACUUCUAUCUAUGCGCAAUCAACACCUACUAGUUGUGCAUCAACAUGUUACAACAGUGGCUCUUGUGUUAAUGGCCUGUGUAUGUGUACAUCACAAUAUGUUGGACCAUCAUGUCAAUAUGAAAAUCCAUGUAUAAGCCAUAAUCCAUGUUUGAAUGGCUCUACUUGUUUUGGUCAAUACAAUACAAAUGGAAGUGUAUAUACACAAUGUUUUUGUCCUCAAGGAUAUACAGGAAUUUAUUGUGAAGGUAGUUAUGAAUUUGAAAGAGAUUUGACUAAAAUAAUAGAUUUUAUAUUUCAAUUUUUAGCAACACUUUGUUCAUCAACAUCAUGUAAUGGUGGUUUAUGUACAGCAACUCAAAAUAGUAUUGUAUGUGUAUGUCAGAUAGGACAAGUUGGCGAUCGUUGUCAAUAUCCAGAUGCUUGUGCAAAUAAUCCAUGUUCACCAUCUGAUCGAUGUGUACAGACAGAAAAUCAAUAUCGAUGUAUUUCUUGUUAUGAUAAAAGUAGUUUUUGUUCAAUCUAUCAAAAUCAUAGUGAAUAUUGUCUUAAUCGUUAUACAAUACUUGUUGAUGAUACUUGGCUUCCUGUACCAGAAGCAUGUCGACGUUCGUGUAAUCAAUGUGUUCCAAUAAAACAAUCGAAUGAUAGACGUUCAUUAGACGAACAGGAAUAUGUACCUGAAAAUAUGACAACAACUUUAAGUUCAACAAUGACAAUAGAAAUUUCAAGACUAAAUAUAAUAUUUUCACGAGAAGAAAAAUGUUUUGAUAAACGAGAUGAUUGUUUAAUGCAAAAAGCAUGUGGAUUCUGUGUAAUAUUUAAUGAAAAAUAUCCAAAUGAUUGUGUUAAAACAUGUCAUCCUGAUUGUGCUUUUCUUUCUUAA